ACUGUAUAUACAGUAUUAUUUUAACACUUGAAUAAUAAUUAUUGUCAAUUCAUAGCAAUUAUCUGAACAUAAAGUGAUGGCAGAAGCGAGAAGUGCUGUCAGCGAACCGAUGGUCGCCAAAGUGGUGGACAGAGAGUCGACCCCACACUGGGAUGUGAUCGCCAAAGCAUGGAUUAAAGGCGGUCGACGCAAAUACUACCGGACCAGGAAUUCAAUCCGCAAUGGGAUGUGGCCGACAUCGAUGUCCAAUCUUUGUGUCAUUUGUUCCGCAUUUUUCCUGCUUAUGAUAUGCGAGCCGUCGAUCACUAAGUUUUUAACGGACAGACUCUGGAGAUUCGGGUUUCAAAUAUAUAUCGUAUCGAGUCUACCUCUUGUGUUGAGAGCAGUGAUUAUAUCCUCCAUUUGUGGCUUUAGUUUCAUAUUAAUAGCACUAAUAUUACGACAAUAUUCGAUACGACUAUUGCUGUCAUACAGAGGUUGGAUGAAUCAGAUCUCAUCCCGGAGUCGACCCAAAAAAGUGAUACUUUGGGGUAUUUUCUUACGACUGGUCAGCGGCUAUCAGCCCUCUCUGUAUAGCUUUCAGCGUUCAUUACCGCGAAUGCCUGUGCCGUCACUCAGAGACACAAUUCAUAAACUAUUUGAAUCACUUAAACCUGUUUGCACUGAAGAAGAGUUAAUUGUUUUGAAAAAACAAUCAAAAAGCUAUUGGAGGGCAACCGAUAGACCGGCCGCGAGAGCCGCUUCACUCGCCACCAAUAUAUUGAAAUUUAAACGACUUAUAGAUAGGGAAGAAUUGCCACCUCUUCUGCUCCGAAACACAAUUCCCAUUUGUAUGUCUCAAUACGAGCGUCUAUUCUCCACCACUAGAAUUCCUGGCGAAGAGAUGGACGAACUGAUCCAUUACGACACUAAACGAUCCAAACAUAUAGUGGUUGUUUGUAAAGGAGUUUACUAUAGAGUGGAUGUGUUUGACUCGAAGAGCCAACAAAUUUCGUCGAGAAAUUUGGAGCAAAAGAUUGAAUGGAUUAUAAAGGAUGCGACGGAACACGAGCUGACACUUACGCCCGAAGAGAAAUCGGUGGCAGCGCUGACGGCAAUAGACCGAAGCGAAUGGGCUGUC